UGCAAACCAGCGUUCAUCAGCGGCUCCGGAUGGAAUUCUAGGUUGCACAGCGUUACAUGACCUAACCAAGGAGCGUUUGAUAAGAAAACCUUCAGUUUCUUUGACCUAACAUCGUGUAUCCUAAAAUGACCAGUUGUCCGAGAUGUCUCCAACAGCAGGACGAGUUUUCACCGGUCUGACACGCGUUGCUUUCAGUCGAGGGAUAUUUAUUCAUAACGCUACGUCGACCGUGAGCAGACUAAACAGUGUGCGGCCCCUGGCGCUGAGCUCUCAGAGGUCAGCUAGAUCCACAGAUGAUGACAAAGAGGUGAACAAUGAGCCCAUCAAGUUCUCCACCAGUAAAGCUAGUCACAGAACCUGGAAAGUUGAGCGCUCCAUGGGGAGCCAGUUUGAGAGGCCCUGGUGGAAGGUCCUCCCCAUCAGCCUGUUUGCCACCUGCUUCCUUCUGUGGUGUGCACUGAGAAGUGAGACGAACAUUGACGAACAGCUGAAGAAGGAGCUGUAUGAGCAUUUACCUGGCUUGCUUUCAGAUGAAGAGGAGGAGCAAAAUAAAUCAAGUUGACAAAUGUGGGAUGUAUAUAUUUCAGGCUGUAUUUAUUGUGAAAUGUAUCUGUGGUAUUUCUGUCUGGCUGUAGCACCAGAUGGCAAGGUGUAAUAGUGAAGCCAUCCAGUACUAUGGAAAUGCAUGACUUUUCCCCCAGCAAAAAAUGAAAUAUGGAUUGUUUGACCAUACAUUUCCUUUUGUCAGUUUCAGUUGAGUGUUUGACCAGAACACGUGGAUUAAAAUGCUUUCAGCCACUAAA